GCAAAGUGAAAGUAAACAGAAGAAAAGAGUUUGUAGCUGUUUGACUGUUUCAUUCAGAUCAUCAGUGGGUUUCAUCUCCUCCUCAGCUGCUCUGAGUCUGUUCACUGAUUCACUCUGAAACUCCUUCUUCCUGUUGACUGACGCUGCCACACACAGCAGCUGCUGAGAGGAGACCAGCUUCUGACGACUGACUGGAGAAGUUUCAUGAUUCACUCUGCUUCUUCUUCUUCUUCUUCACAGACUGAACUCACACAGCUCCAGGUUUCAGGAGAUGGCGUCCGUGUGGACGAUCUUCCUGCUGCUGAUGGUCGGAGUUCAGGCUCAGAGCGGAGACACCGACACCGACGUGGACUCCGGAAUCAGCUGCAGCUCUCACAUCACCAGUGAUCAGACUGAGGGAAACAGUCUGACCUGUGAGCUGCUCCCUGGUCGUCAUGACGAUGAGGAUGAUGAGGACGAGGGCGACAGCAUCGAGACGAUGACCCUGUGCUCCUCUGAUGUGAGCGACGGCUGGCGGAGGGUCAAGUGUGUGAAGGCUCAGGGGAACCAGCUCAACUUCACUGAGGCGCCCAUCGUCGAGUUCAACCUGACCGUUCAGCUGAAGAGAGGAGGAGAGAUCCGGACCAGAGUCGACCUGAAGAAGAUAGUUAAACCCAGACGACCUCAGGUGUGGAACGUCACGUUCAACCAGGAAUUGAACCAGGCGGUCGUUCACAUCCAGAGUCCGUACCACAGAGAUUACCUGACAGGACAACAGAUGUUCCAGCUGGACAUCUGGGCCACAGACAGACCCAACAUGAUUCAAAACUUCUCAUCAGAGAGCAGCAUGAAGAUCGACAUGGAGCAUCUGAGAAAAAACACAGAGUAUCAUGUGAAGGUGCGAGCGAUCCCAGUGAAGUUUCUGGAGGGAAGCUGGAGCAAGUGGAGCGACACGUUCAGUUUCGACACUCCUGCUGGAGCACGGGAAACUGACGACACACAGCAGAUGUACAAAGUGAUGCUGUGCCUCAUCCCCCUGGCGGUGGUGUCCGUCACUGUCAUUUUCCUCCGGAAAAACAAAAUAUUAACGUACAUGUGGCCGAGUAUUCCUCAUCCUAAAGACACGCUGGUGCACAUCGGCAAACCAAACAAAGGUCUUCUGUUGAACUUUAACCCCGAGGUGUUCAGCGCUCUCAGAGUUUCUUCGAUGUUGCAGUGUUGCGACGAACCAGAGUCUUCGCUCAGUCCUGCUGACGGAGCUCAGUCGACCCAUCCCUGCUCCACCCAGAGCUCCGACUGCAGGAGCACCACCAGCGUCAGCACCGAGGAGCUGGAUCUCUCCGCCCUGCUGAGCGGGAGCUCCUCUGCGGCAGACGCCAGCCUCCACAGCGCCAGUCCCUCCCCCGUCCACGACCUCCUCCUCGAGGGGACUGAAGGCUGCAGUGGAGCAAACGAGACAGAGGCGCUUGGAGCCGGUCAGCAGGAGGAGGCCUAUGUCACCAUGUCCAGUUUCUACCAGGUCAAGUAGGCCGAGUUAAUCCAACUUCCAGUCUGAGGUCCAGCGCCACCAUGAGGCCUAAAUAUAAAUCUGAGAGGUGGCAAAAUAAUUUCAUGAUAUGGAGGAAAACCACGUGUCAUUGAGACUGUGUGUCGGUCGUCACAUCGGAAGUUCUUCUUCAGGUUGGACCAGAACUCUGAUUCUGCUUCUCUCAAACUCUUCAUAUCGAACUGUUUGUUUAUUUCAUCAAAGUUUUUACAUCCACUUUGUCCAGAGGAUGGACGCCACCAACUUUCCUCCAGCGCCACCAUGAGGUCAACAUUUUGUCUUUAUAACCAUACACUGUAAAUAAAGAUGGACGACACACCUCCACUUCCUCCACAAAUUAAUGCCUCAGGUUCAAACGCUGCCAUCUUGUGCUGAUGACGUCAUUUGGUGACAAACGCCUGCUUGGAUUCUUUAAGUGGAGGAGGCGGGGUUUAUGACCCAUUCUCCAGCCAGACACCAGGGGGCGAUCAAGACGCUUUGGCUUCACUUUUGGGAGCCAUCAUGUCGUCCAUCUUUAUUUAAAGUCUCUUGAAGCUUUAGCAACUUCCUCCAUGAAAGAGUCAGAGAUGAUGAGUCAGGUCAGUGUUUCCUGAUCAAACUUUAUUAACAUUUAUUUUUAACACAAAAAACUAGAAUGAAUCUCAUUGAAAACAUAAACAAACUCAUAUGAUGAAAAGGUAUUAAAGUUAAAACAUGUCUAUUGAUAAAUGUUUGAAAUAAAAUAAAAAAUUGUGUUUUUCUACUCAA